UGUUUUACAGUGUGCGGCCUUGUUAUCUCUCUCUACAAUACAUUUUUUGACCGUUGGGGUUUUGAGACGAAGCUGCAAAAAUGGGUAUACUUGGCAGGAAGAGAGCUGCUCCGAUGAACAUUGACAAUGUGGACGACGGCAACACCCAGAAAAACUCCGAGUAUGAACAGUUGAGGGAAAAAAGAAUCAAAGAAAAUCUUGAAAGAAUGGAAAAGUUAGGGAUUUUUGACAUAUCACUCAAACUUAAGUCUACUAGGAAACCCACUGUUAGGAAAACCCCUCAGCGUAUCUCUCCUUUGCAGCCUUCUUCUGGACCAUCUCGUCGCUCUUCUAGGCUGCAGAAUGGGACACCAGUUAGCUAUUCAGAGGUGCAUCUGUCAAAGAUUGAUAAAUCUUUGGAAGGUGGGCAUCAUUUGUUGAGGGAGGAAGGGUCAAAGCCAGAGAUUUACACAGAAGAACAUGAGAAAUUGUUGGGUAACACCGAUUUGAGCUGGACUUUUUUUGUGGAUGGAUAUGGAAAUGAUGGGAAGCGAAUCUAUGAUCCGAUCAAUGGAAAAACUUGUCAUCAAUGUCGACAGAAAACUCUUGGUCAGCGUACUCAUUGCAGCAAAUGCCAAAUGGUUCAAGGACAAUUUUGUGGAGAUUGCUUGUAUAUGAGAUAUGGAGAACAUGUACUUGAAGCGAAAAGGAAUCCAGACUGGAUUUGUCCACCUUGUCGAGGAAUUUGCAACUGCAGCUUGUGCCGGCAAGCAAAAGGUUGGGCACCUACUGGCGCUCUUUAUAGGAAGAUAGCAAGACUGGGUUAUAAGUCUGUUGCACAUUAUCUUAUUCAAACCCAUCGAGCUAGUGUCAGUUCUGAGAACAACUCAGCACCAGUGUCUGCAAAAAGAUCGCUACCUUUCUCAGAUAUGGAAAGUACAACGAAAGACGAGGAACUUUGCAAGUAUAACAGCGACUCUCAGGGACUGGUUAUGACUACUCAAACCGAGGUGAAAACAGUGGAGUAUGAUCCCAAUGAGCAAAAUAUAGCACUAGAAAGUAGCACAGAGCCCUCACUGAAGCCUGCUUUUGCUGUGGAGUCAAGUGUUGAACCUUUAUUACUACUGAAACAUGACACUGAAAACAGUGGUACAAAUGCUGUGCUCUCAUGCAACAAAGUAGGGAACUUCUCAGCAGACAACAAACCAGGAAAUGAAAAUGCUGAGCUGGUAGGCAGUGCAUUGACUUCAAGUGCAGCUGUGCUUGCUGAAGUGAAUGAUGGCUACAAAGGCGAGUCACAACUUGGUUAUGAGUUUGAUGUUGGGAAAAUGCAAUCAAAAGAAGAAAAAGAGGACAGCACUUAUGUCUCAGAUGACAAAAACUGUGAUGGUAUGGUCGCGCCAGAAGGAAAUACCGAGCUGGUUGGCAGUGCAUUGACUUCAAGUGCAGCUGUGCUUACUGACAUGAAUGAUGGCGACAAAGGCGAGUCACAACUUGGUUAUGAGUUUGAUGCUGGGAAAAUGCAAUCAAAAGAAGAAAAAGAGGACGGCACUUGUGUCUCAUUUGACAAAAACUGUGAUGGUAUGGUUGCGCCAGAAAAAAAUACCGUGCUGGUUGGCAGUGCAUUGACUUCAAGUGCAGCUGUGCUUACUGAAUUGAAUGAUGUUUACAAAGGCGAGUCAGAACUUGGUAAUGAAUUUGAUAUUGGAAAAAUGCAAUCAAAAGAAGAAAAGGAGGAAGGCACUUGUGUCUCGGCUGACAAAAACUGUGAUGGUAUGGUUGCACCACAAGCAAGUUCAAAGUCGAAGAAGAAGCCUUGUCGAGUUGCUGCACAAGUUGUUGAUAGCGUAGCUGGAAGACUAAGGCAGAGACGUGGAAGAAGCAAUGUGGAGGCAUAACAACUUCCUGGAUGACAAAUGCUGGGAUACUCUUUUGCACCUGAAACAGGUUACGGCGUUCAGUGGUAAAGCAUAUUCAUUGUGAACACAUUGUGACAGUGAACAAUGGUCUAGGUGGCUGGUGGUUUUUGCUAAAUGUAAUAUAUAACCCUCUGUAAGGGUUUCUUUUUGCAGAACUUUUUAACUGACUUAACUGAAGUAAUGGAACCAAUAUGAAAUCUGCUUUUGAGGUGGAUCAAA